CUACACAUGUCAAUCAACAAAACAACAAAGAGCUGAACGGUUCUUUUUUGCCCGUGGCUGAAUCUCCAUGGGAACACGAGAGGUAUACGAAGAAAAACUGAAGAGAGGAAAUCUCCAAUUUGACCCUACAAUUAAACCUGGCCUCGGCUCAGCUAGAUGCCCUCGUUGUCUCUCUCUUUUGAACUCCGAUUCUAAAAGUGGAGAAUGGGCGAUUACUCCUGUUCUGCAUGAUUUCACUGCUGUGGCUGGUUCUGGAAUUGGUGGACUGCUCAGUGCAAUUCAUGGUUUCAAUACAGGAAUUCCCUUUGUCCAGAGACAUGUGAAGGGUCCAAAGUGGCUUCCAUUUGUUAUAGGGCUUCCUCCACUCCUCAUGUUCUCUGCAGCUAGUGCGGCAUUUGGAGGAGGUCACGGGUUCAAGCCUUGGAAACAACCUCUGACAGAAAUGCAAGGCUAUGCACUUCCGAGAUUUACUCAACUUACAAUGACUUCAUAUUAUGCUGCUUCAAGUGCAUCACAUUAUGGAAUAUCAUUGCUUACUAGGCGUAUUGAGGAGGCCCAUACUUCUUCUGUUCAACGUGAAAGACUUGGCUGAUUGACUCGAGGGCUUAGUCUCAUAGUCAUUUUGGUCUACCCACCCUAGUUCUUGCUUCCCUCCUCGUAAAAGAGUGGUCAUGUCCCAUGGUUCACAACAUAUUUGGUGAUGCAUUUGAGAAUUGCUCUUUGAUUCAACCUAGUUGGUGAUGCACAUAGCUUUAUCUACAACAUAGUUAUGCAGUUGAGAGGACUUCUUCAGAUGUUCCAUUUAGUCAUAACGGGCGGCAAAAGGGGUGCGACUUUUCCUUUUAAGAUUGAUGAGCUCAAUAUUCAAGGUUCUUAGCACUGAACUUAUUGUAACCUUGAAACGAUGAGUUCGGAAUUUAAUAUUUGUUGAAACUUUGGUGUUUUUUCACGUGUCUGGGUUCAUUUGUACACCUAUUGGGUAGAGGCUACAUCCAAGUCUAUUUCUAAGGUGGUAGUAAUUUACAUGAGCUUGGAUGGCCCCUUUCCAGGGCAUUGCAAUUUCUAUAUAGUGUGUAAUCAGGGGCCGAAUGUAGAGGGUCGGUUGCGGAUUCACUUGAAUCCAUUAUCUUUUCCCCAGACUCUUAAUCUAUAUAUUGAAAAUUCACUAAUCUAUAGAUAUUUGAA